CCCACCCAUCCGCCCGGGCCCAGUUCGGUCAAGGAGACGCGAACAAGCACCGGACAACCGCCGCCGCCGCCGCGCUCUCACACGCCCAUGCCGCAGCGGCCGGAGGAGGGAGCGGGGGAGAGGGGCGAGGAGCAGCGCCUGCGGGCGGCGCUGCGGCACCUGCAGGCGGAGGCGGGUGUGCUGGAGCGCCUGGUGUACAAGCACCGGAACCAGCACCGCGGCGGCGCCUACUUCCAGUACCUCCUCAAGGUGAGGAGGGACCUGAAACUGCUGCUCGGUGCCGGCCUCUCGGAGGUCCUCAACGCUGUCUUCCCCGUCCUCGCAUGCCGCAAGCCGGCCAACACGAUCCUCGUCCCGAUCAAGCAAAGGAAGAAGAAGCCUGGUGCAAAUCAUAGUCACCAUGAGAGGCUCCUGGGUAUUGCCCGCUUGUCAUCUCAGAUGAUUGAACCUGUUAUGAAGGCAGCAAUUCAGAUAUCAUUUUUACUUGGUAGAUCAUUCUUCGUUGAUCUUUGCACGGCAAUUUUUUCUUUGCUUGCGCGAGUAAGGGUCCUGAUCCAACAGAUGUUACUUGAUGUUGUGUCAGUAUACAAUAAGGUUACUGAUCUUACUGAUAGGAAGCAGGCUGUUAAGAUUAGCAUCGGUGGAGUGCAGGCUGUCAGAGAGUACUUCCCCACAAUCGUUAAUGCCGGUAUAAUUCUGGAGUGUGUAUGGGCGAAAGAUAAAUUUGUUUUGCAUGAAAAGAUGAAAGAUAGCUGUCAGGAAAUUGAAGAUGAGGAUCAGAAGUCGCGUGCUCCUGAAUCUUCAAUCCAGUAUGAGACGCUUGGGCUCUUUAGUGAAGUGAUGGAAAACCUUGAGGAAACAAACUGUUCAGCCAAACCAGAUGCUUUUCAGGCGGAACAACUAGGUAAAAUGAACCAUUGCAGUGAUGAUGGAGGUUCUCAGAGUGGGAGGCAACUGGAAAAUGAAAGCGGUGCUUGUUCAGUUCCUGACACCAUUAGUACUCAUGUACAUUCAGUUCCACACCUGGACUUCAAGCCUGAGACUAGGAAGAGAGUAGCAUUCGUCGCAGUUGGAAAUCCAAAAGUCACUGGUACAGCCUCAGAAACAAAAUCAUCAGAAGUAAACAAGAAGCAAAGACUAAACAUGAUUCCACACACCACUGUAGCAUCUGGAGAUUUGUUCAGCAAAUCGCUGGAUUCUGAGAAGGCAGACAAGUCCAUAUUUUGAUAUGUUUGAAACACUACCGGAACUUCCCUUUUCUUUGUCACGGGGGAAGAUCAAUGGCUAGGAAAGUGCAAGUGCACCUUAAGAUACAUCCAAAGUUUGAAACAAGCUGCACUGUAGCACUUCGAAGCUCCUUAACUCAUUUAGAGCGUCUGAAGCUGAUUCCCUCAUUUAUUGCUUCUUUAAAAGUUCAAAGAUGAGCUGCGAUAUUGUUUAUAGGGUUUAUAUUCAUCCAUCUUUGCUUCAAUGUUUGAGAGCACAAUUUCAUACAUAAAUGAAAAUUUUGUUCGCGCU